GUUUAACUCCGCUCUUGUCGUGUCUUUUUUUUGGGGUGGGGUUAAAUAUUAGCAACAUGGCGGAGAGCUAUGCGUGGUUGUUAGUGCUUGGUUCAGUUCUGCUAUGCAGUCUGUUCAAGAUGCUGCUGCCGACCCUCUCCUUACUUAUAGCCAAACUUCUACAGAAAGAUGGAGAGACUGAGCUCCAAAUGAGAAUUGAAAUUGGAAACAUGAAGCAGGAGUUAGCAACGAUCAGCAUGAUGGAUGAGUUUGCUAGAUAUGCACGGCUGGAGCGCAAGAUCAACAAAAUGACCGAUAAGCUGAAAACUCACGUGAAAACAAGGACGGCACAGUUAGCGAAGAUCAAGUGGGUGGUGAAUAUUGUAUUUUAUAUUGUUCAGGCAGUUUUAAUGAUUUCCCUGAUACUGAAAUAUUAUUCCGAACCUGUUGCCGUGCUCCCACGAAAAUGGAUGGCACCUUUGGAGCGGAUGGUAGCUUUCCCGACUGGAGUAGAAGGUGGAGUUGGAAUUACCUGCUGGCUCCUGGUCUGCAAUAAAGUUGUGGCUGUUGUGUUACAGCCGUUGACCUGAAAUGUGACCCUGGGAACCCAUAUUUUAUUUAUUACUUUGGUAGCUCCCCUUCGAUUCAGCUUUUUUUAAAAAAAAAACUUUCUUUGUGGUUUCAAAAUUGCUUGCAAAGCCAGUUUGUAAGGUAAUUUUUUUUUUAAAUUACAUCGAUUUAAAUGGGGAUGGUGAAGAAGAAUCAGGUAAUUAAAUUUUGUUAAGCACGUAGAUUUUGGAGACCAAUUUAAUAGAAUUGGCGGGUUUUGGUUGUUUUGAAAUUGGAUGGUGGUCUUUAAGAAUAGUUGUGAAUGACAAUCUCAACUUUUUUUUUUAGUGCCUGGAAAAGCACGAGUCAUAAGUGGUGAUGCCAAAUUACAUUUUUGGUGGUCUGCGUGUACCAGUUCAUACUCUGAUGUUAAGUUCCUUUGGUUUUGUGAAGGAGCUGCAGCCAAGGAGUUGUGUUAUAGUCAUUUGAUCAUAGGUUCGCAUCUCAUAGCAAUUAGUUUCAAAGGGUAACUUUGCGUUUCAGUUUUAAACACCAAAUACAAUGUCCAGUGCUGACAGGAAGCUAAGUAAUUAAAAUAAGAACUGGAACAGAACCUGAAUAGUGGAUUAACACCAUUAGCAAAGCUUGAGGUGGAAAGCUUGUAAUUAGCAAUUUUGGUCAUAAAAAGAAUGAGGUGCCAGAACUUGUCUCUGGAGUGGAGAAAUUAGAUGUGUUACACAUCCGAUAGUUGUCAGGUGUUUUAGGUGGAAAGGUGAGAGGAUAUUGGGUGAGAAUGGGAUGAAACAAGGUGGGUAGGAGUAGCUUUCCUGGCAAAAAUAGCCCACUGAAAAUCACCAUCUUGGUAUAAGCAUGAAAACAGCUCACCAGGUGUUCAUGCCACUAAUAUCCUUGGAAUCCUAUCCCAAGGUGAAAUGUCAUGACCGACAGGGAAGAGUAGAUAAGUGAAGGGAAACAUCCAAACUGCAGGAAGCCUAGCACAGAACAGUAAGCACUGUACACAGUAAAUCUUGUGCAGUGUUGUGAAUGUGUUAUAGCGGGCAGUUCAAUUUUGCUUGAACAGAUGUUUUUGAAAACCUGAAAGAAUAACUUAGAGAUACUGAUAAGUGAGAGGUCUUUCGGGCAGGAGUUUUUACUUUAAGAGCAAUGUAAAUAUUCUUGUAAGAAAAUAAUUGAUUCAACUGAGUUAAUUUUGGGUUCCCUUUUUUAAAAAAGGAUUUGUUCAAAUCAGCAAUAGAUGAUGUACAGUUUUUCAGAAAAUUGAGAGUGGUGUUUCUGAUCUUCUACACACGUAUUAGUGGGAACCAUAGAGAGUUGCAAAGCUGUAGUUUAGUAGAGAAAAAAAAUCAGUGCUUUUUUUUUCUGUCCUAGCCUGAGGGAAUUGGAAGAGCUCUUGCUCCUUAACGCUGUUCUAAUGUUGUUGCUAGGUCCUCUGUGCUCAGAGGCUGAGGGAUGACUUUUUGCUUUCAUUAUUCCCUUCAGGUCUCCAUUAGUACUUCCCAGAAUAACUCCUAUUGAGAUUAUGCGCUAAUUACAAAUUGCACAGUGAAAAGUAAUUGUACCUAUGCAAGGAAGACCCAAGUGCAAUGGCACAGAAUUGAUAGAUGGAACCAGUAUUGCUGUGGCAGCCUCUAGAUGACAAAUUGGUCAUUUUGUGAAGUCUCAAGUGCAAUCAUUUGCAAGAUUCCAGGAGGGUGAGAUUUAAGAAAUCUGUAAUUCACGCAAUUCUCUUUUCUGUUGGGUGUGACUUUUACUUUGAAACCAGGGGAUAUAGAUAGCUUCAUAGUUAUACUGCAUAGGAGGAGGCCAAUUGGUCAGUCAAGUCCAUGAUGGCUCUUUCUAGAGCACACCAGUCAAUCCUAAUCCCCUAGCCUGCAAGUUUCUUUCCUGCAAGUAACCAUCCAAUUUUCUUCUGAAAUAACCAUAUCUGCUUCUACCAACCUCUUGGCAGCAAGUCCUACUAGCAGCCUGUGUUUUCUCCAUAUUCUCCCUGUAUCUCUUGCCCAAAACCUUAAACCCAUACCCCCUAGUCCUGGUACUAUCAACAGUUGGAAACAGCUUGUCAUUGUAUUAUAAAUAUCAAGGGUUUUUUUUUGCCCUUGAAGCUACUGUCAAUCUUUAACCUGAGAGAAAAAAAUGGUUUAAAGGAUAUGCUGAUGUAAAUGUUAAUUUUUAGCUUUCUCUAAGCAUUUAAGAAGCAGUCUUUACUGAUUUCUAACUGCCUUCAUUUUUCUAACAGAAUUUCUUACUUGUUUCAAGUGACCAUGUUUGUUUCAAUGUUUGUGUUGUUUGGAGUUGAACAUGGUGCACAUUAAUGUAUUUCUUCUCUUUCAGUCUUCACCAGUAUUUGUUAACACUGCAUUGUUUGAAAAGAAGACUGUCUCCAGGAUCUUGCUAAACUAGCAAGUACUGUUGAUUUUUUUUUCUCUUGCCAGAGCCAUUUCCUCCCCUCUUGAAGUCAACUUCAUGAUAAAGUACACUUUCCUUGGGCAGUGGGGGUUCCCUUAGGGUACCUUACCCAAUUGGCCAUUCUCCACCUGUAGUCUUAACAGACAAUACAGUGGCUGCAAGAGAAUGUCCUUAGUGUUUGUUGCCUCAGAGUGUCUUGUUCCAAGAAGUCAAUAAAUGUAGGACUCCUCUUUCAGUGGUGCAGUGCAUUGGAGCUGCAGUAUGUAAUGCCUCAAAUGAGGACACCAGUUUAAUGCCCCUCCCAAUCUACUGCAUUCCUGAUCUUGGUAUGAUUCACAGGGCAAAUUUGAAAGGAAGAUUACUUUUCCGUACCUUUCCCAACAGUACUCGGUGAUCUUCAGGGCGUAUUUUAUAUGGGAGCCAGUGAGGAGUAAGGUCAGAGGAAUGAAAUAAAUUAAUUUUAUAAAUUGACUGGGGGAACAAAAUGGUUAGUUGAAUAUGACUGCACCAUACACUUAAGAGGUGGUAGAAGCAAAUCUAUAAGUCUUUUGUAUUAUUAGUUACAUUGUGCCUGAUUUAGAUGUAAUGCCUGUUAAUAAACAUUGAUUGUUCCUUA